UUAUAUUUUCUAUUUGGUCACACUAUCAGCCUGCACGUGUAAAGUUUGUUUUUUCUGGCGACAGCGGGAAAUUUCCUGGUUUAGAGAAAAUUAACUUAGAAAAACAGGGAGGUCACGAUGAGGUGGACUACGGCGAAUGUGAAACACCCGAACUAUACCGCCAAGCACGAACUGUUCGUGGGAACACAAACGGGCUCUUUCAAACACUUGGUGCCUGCUUCGGAAGAUUCGCCGCAUGGGCAGCGUAACCUUAGCGACCUAAGUGGCCUAGACAAGGACUCUCGCGUUACAGCCCUAGCCUUUGGCGACGAUGCUCAGACGGAGAUCCUGCUCGGGCGAGCCAAAAACACAGCCGAGCUGCAACCCUUAGCAAACGGUGCAGGCUCUAAAAAAAUCAUUAACUUUAAAGCAGCCCCCAUUGUGGGUCUGGCCCGUUUCAAUGACAAGCUGAUUGCGGGCAUUGGCAAUGGAGAGAUACAAAGCUUAAAUCUGGCGUCGGACGAGGCUGCAGAGCCUGUGGUCAUCAAUACGGGUAACCAAAUGGAUCAUCUGCGUCAGUGCUUGCAGGCCCGGAAUAUCGUGGCCACCGGGGGCAAAGAACGACAGAAUAAUCUCAAGGUCUACGAUCUUAGUUCAGACGGAAGGCAGGUCUUCACCUCCAAAAACCUGCCCAACGACUAUCUGCAGCUGGAGGUGCCAGUCUGGGACAGCGAUGUCGGGUUCGUGGACGGGCCAAGUGUGCUGGCCACCUGCUCGCGAACAGGCUACGUUCGCCUGUACGAUACGCGUAAGCAGCGCCGGCCAGUCACCUGCUUUGCCAGCGAGGAGCACGGUAUGAGCUUUGCGUCGCUGGUGGCACGUGGUAACUACAUUUACACGGGCACUACCAUGGGCGCAUUAAAAGCCUUCGAUACACGGCGCAUGAAAACUCACGUGCAUACCUACAAGGGAUUUACUGGCGGCAUUAGCGAUCUUCAUCUUGAUGCCACUGGCCGUUAUUUGAGCUCCGCUAGCUUGGAUCGCUAUGUGCGCAUCCAUGAUGCUGAUUCCACUGUGCUUCUCUACCAGUGCUACGUCAAGUCGAAGGUUACCAAGGUACUAAUACGUCAUGUGGAGGACGAGACCCCGGUCGACACAGAGCCCACGGCGGAAAAAGUAGCCCAUCCUAAGAAAGAUAAAACAAUCAAGGCAACGCCAUUAGACGAUGAAUACGAGGAUAUGUUUGACCAGAUGCCGACUGUGGGUGACAGCGACAGCAACAGUGCGGGCGAUAGCGACGACGAUGCCGAAGAGGAAGAGGAGGCUCCCACCAAGCCGAAUACGUGUAAGCAGAAGAGAGCGGCUCCCAACACUUCUGUCAAAAGUAAAAAGAAAAAGUUGUGAACAUCCUUUAUUAACCUGUUGAUAAGAUCCAUAACUUAACAAAAAGUUUUUAUUAUAUAAGAAUAUAGAUAAAUAGUGACCCAA